AUGCAGAGCUCAAUGUUUGACAAAUUGUUACCCAAUAAUAUAAACGCGUACGCUGUGUCGGCCAGCUCGCCGGACCAGGUGAGUUGGCAAGCGUUUUGUGACGAUCCACAGUUAAAAGCUUGUUAUGGAACAUUAUUUGGAUAUUACUGGAUGAUGGAUAUCCAGCGACUAACAUCGGCAACACUGCAGCAACAGUUUGACAAUAUAUUUGCAUUUACUAACAAUAGUGACCGACCUGUAGAACCCGGUGAUACUCAACAAGCGCAACAAUAUGGUAAACAAAAAAUCAUGGAAAGUAUUGACGACUCAGUCAAUGAAGUCUACAGUCGGGUAAACACUAGAGAUUUGCCAUUAUUUAUGGCUAAGAGUGCUGUCAAACAAACGCUGAGUAUCACUGAGAAAAUACGCUAUACUGAAAAGUUGCAAAAACAAUUGAAUAGUAGACAAUAUGUGGACAAACAUAUGACUGAUUACGUGAACAGUAUUCAACACUUACUGACAGUCGAUAGCAAUGCUAUUCUAAACACUAAACAAGAGCUCAAUAAUAGACAGUGUUAUCGAAAACUUGUCGACAGUUUUCACAAAAAUUGCUUUAAUUUAAAUAAGAAUCCAUACGUUUUGGGAAAACUGUAUAUAUUUGUGAAUAUAUGCGAAGAAAUGCGUGAAUCGAGUGAUGCGGACAUCAAUGCUGUCAACCAAUUGCUGAUACAAUUCUUAUUUAUAAGUUGUGUACGUAUACAACAUAACCAUGGUCAAUCGUUGUACCACGAUGAUUACUUGCACUGUAAAGCAUUCCACGCCUUAGGGUACUUCUCUUUAAUCCAUUGGUUACCACUACCGGCGCAAUCAAUGUUUGGAUCGUCCCUCAAAAGCAGUUUGAUUCAAAUGGCGGACAGCGUUUUCAUUGAGCACAACACCCGCGCGGCGUUUGAUGUCAUCGAAAGCCCGGGCGGCGAACGAAUGGUCGGUCAGCGAAUCGCCGGUCAGCUCAAUGUCCACCGAGUGUUGGGCUGUACUGUUGUCGCGGCUUAUAGUAAACGCCCGUUCGGCCACUUUUUCAAUCGGAUUGUUACCAGCCGUAGCGCCGGUAAGUCGUCGAAAGCGCCGGUGCCUAUCGUGUUGAUCGGAUUGUUGGCAAUCAGUAUAUCCUCCAGCGAUUGGUGGCCAGAGAUGGCACGGGUGGGCAGCGAUGUUACUCUAGUGUUCUCGAUGUUUAGCCCGGUUAGCCCGUGUAGGGUCCCACUCGUCGACUACCCGUUCCGUGACGUGCACUCCAUCGAUGUAAACGGUAGUUAUGUUACCUUCAGUGCCGUUGAACGCCCACCGGUUUAUCCGUUUCAAACCGUAGGCCUGGUGCCAGCGAACGCGUUGGCCGGCAGUUCCUCUAUAGCCGUUUGUCGACUGAUGUCGCCUAAAAUGGCCCGCAAAUCAAACGGGUCGUCUCCGCCGCAGUUUAUGGCACAGCUCGGAUAG